CCGGGACACGGUCCGCAAAGAUCCCUGGGUAUUGUGGUCUUGUGCUUCGGCAGCGACCCUGUGCCAACGGUAAAAUUUCAGCCGAAAGGAGGACCACAACUCCCAGCAACCUUUGCUGCCGUGCGGGGGGUCUUCACGUUCUCGUGGCGCGGCGCAGGCGCUGUGGGUCCUCGGCGCGGACCGCGCAGACUGAAUAAUAAAAGGGGAGAGGCGAAGAGGCAGGAAGACAGGACCAUGUCGAAGGGCCCGGGGCCCGGCGGCUCGGCAGCUUCCUCGGCGCCCCCGGCCGCUACCGCUCAGGUGCUGCAGGCACAGCCCGAGAAACCGCAGCACUACACGUACCUGAAGGAGUUCCGCACAGAGCAGUGUCCGCUCUUCGUGCAACACAAAUGCACACAGCACCGGCCCUACACCUGCUUCCACUGGCACUUCGUGAACCAGCGCCGCCGCCGUUCCAUCCGCCGUCGGGAUGGCACCUUUAACUAUAGUCCAGAUGUCUACUGCACCAAGUACGACGAGGCCACAGGCCUCUGCCCAGAGGGUGACGAGUGCCCAUUCCUGCACAGGACCACAGGGGACACCGAGCGCAGGUACCACCUUCGUUACUAUAAAACUGGAAUCUGCAUCCAUGAAACAGACUCAAAAGGCAACUGCACCAAAAAUGGCCUGCACUGUGCUUUUGCCCACGGCCCACAUGACCUCCGCUCCCCUGUUUAUGAUAUCAGGGAGCUCCAAGCCAUGGAGGCCUUACAGAAUGGUCAGACUGCAGUAGAGGGCAGCAUAGAAGGCCAGUCAGCUGGGGCUGCAAGUCAUGCCAUGAUAGAAAAAAUCCUCACUGAGGAACCUCGGUGGCAAGAGACUGCUUAUGUCCUGGGGAACUAUAAGACAGAGCCAUGCAAGAAGCCUCCACGACUGUGUCGCCAGGGCUAUGCCUGUCCCUACUACCACAACAGCAAGGACCGGCGGCGGAGUCCCCGGAAGCACAAAUACAGGUCAUCUCCAUGCCCAAACGUCAAACACGGGGACGAGUGGGGAGACCCUGGCAAGUGUGAGAAUGGGGACGCCUGCCAGUAUUGCCACACCCGCACAGAGCAGCAGUUCCACCCAGAGAUCUACAAAUCCACUAAGUGCAACGAUAUGCAGCAGUCGGGUAGCUGUCCCCGAGGACCUUUCUGCGCCUUUGCCCACAUAGAACCGCCACCCUUAAAUGAUGACAUGCAGCCUUCCUCAGCUGUAUCCAGCCCCACCCAGCCGGGUCCUGUUUUGUACAUGCCAUCUGCUGCCGGAGACUCGGUCCCUGUGAGCCCCUCCAGCCCGCAUGCCCCUGACCUCAGCGCCCUCCUCUGUAGGAACAGUGGCUUGGGCAGCCCAUCUCACCUCUGCAGCUCCCCACCAGGCCCUAGCAGGAAGACUUCAAACCUGGAGGGCCUGGUCUUCCCUGGGGAGUCCAGCCUUGCCCCUGGCAGCUAUAAGAAAGCUCCUGGCUUCGAGAGGGAGGACCAGAUGGGAACAGAGUACCUGAAGAAUCUCAAGUGCCAGGCUAAACUGAAACCCCAUUCGCUAGAGCCCAGGAGUCAAGAGCAGCCUCUGCUUCAACCUAAACAGGACGUGCUGGGCAUCCUCCCUGUGGGCAGCCCUCUGACCUCAAGCAUCUCUUCCAGUAUUACCUCCAGCUUGGCAGCCACUCCCCCCAGCCCUGCAGGCACCAGCAGCGCCCCUGGCAUGAAUGCAAAUGCUCUGCCCUUCUAUCCCACCAGCGACACGGUAGAGUCGGUCAUAGAGUCUGCCUUGGAUGACCUGGACCUAAACGAGUUUGGAGUAGCAGCCCUGGAGAAGACUUUUGAUAGCAGCACAGUGCCCCACCCCAGCAGCAGCACCAUCGGUGGCAGUCUGGUGCAGAGUUCUGCACCUGUGAACAUCCCCGGCUCCUUAGGCAGCUCAGCCUCCUUCCACUCUGCUUCUCCGUCCCCUCCCGUCAGCCUCUCCUCACAUUUCCUGCAACAACCCCAGAGCCACUUGAGUCAGUCAGAAAACACAUUUUUGGGGACCUCAGCAUCACAUGGAUCUUUAGGUCUGAACGGGAUGAACAGCAGCAUCUGGGAGCAUUUUGCCUCUGGAAGCUUCUCCCCAGGCACUUCCCCUGCCUUCCUAUCAGGGCCAGGGGCUGCUGAGCUGGCCCGGCUUCGGCAAGAGCUAGAUGAAGCUAACGGCACCAUCAAGCAGUGGGAGGAGUCCUGGAAGCAGGCCAAGCAGGCUUGUGAUGCCUGGAAGAAGGAAGCAGAGGAGGCCGGUGAGCGAGCCAGUGCAGCCGGAGCAGAGUGUGAGCUGGCCCGCGAGCAGCGAGAUGCACUGGAGCUGCGGGUGAAGAAGCUGCAGGAGGAGCUGGAGCGGCUACAUACUGGGCCAGAAGCCCAGGCCCUGCCGGCUGCCCCCGACCUGGAGGCCCUCUCGCUCUCCACCCUGUACUCCCUCCAGAAGCAGCUACGGGUCCACCUGGAACAAGUGGAUAAGGCCGUGUUCCACAUGCAGUCGGUGAAAUGCCUUAAGUGUCAGGAGCAGACCCGGGCAGUGCUGCCGUGCCAACAUGCUGUGCUGUGUGAGCUCUGUGCUGAGGGCAGCGAGUGCCCUGUCUGCCAGCCUAGUCGGGCCCAUGCCCUCCAGUCGUGACCCUGCAGACCUGGCCCAGCUGGGCCCAGACCUUUUCUCCUAGGACUUUUUAAAGUAUAUAUAUGUAUGUAUGUAUGUAUGUACGUAUGUAUGUAUAUGUAUAUGAUUAUGUACAUGUAUACAUUUCUGUGUGCGGGUGUGUGGUGCCAGUGUGUGCACAGUGUCUGUGUGUGUAUCUGGACAUAGGUAAAGACACACACUUUAAAACAGACUUACCAAGCACUUUUUAAAGAAAGACUAUUUUGCAGUCCCCUCCUGUCCAUUCCCCAUCCUUCCUGCUCAGAGACAAAGUCCCCUCUUUUCCCACUGGCCUUUUGGCAGUGAAUAUGUUUUUGUCUCUUUUUUUAUGUAAGAACUAACUAUUUUUAACUUCUUCCUGGGGCCAGAGCAGGGAAGGAUGGGAAGCUGGGAGGGCAGGCUCCAUUCACCCUGCAUUCCAGGCCAGGGUCUGUCACAGUGUGGACUCAAGUCCCCAGCUCCCAGCUUUGAGGGCUCAGGGGAGGCCUGAGACUUUUAAGCCAGCCUAGCUCCUGGUUUUACCAAAUAUGUCUUUAACCCCGGGGACAGCCACGGAGCUGGCAGGCCAAAGCUGCAGGCUAGUCCCACUCCCAUACCUGGGCCCUUGGAGCUCCUCAAGGAUCAAGGCCUAGCUCUGUCUGUCCCUCAGAAUCUUCAAGCCUGGUCUUCUCCUUGAUCAUUUCUUCUGCGAUCUCCAGGACAGCCUCUUUGGCCCCACAGUCACCUGACAGAUUGGCACUGCCCUCACCUGUCCCUGCCUCCCUCCCUCUGGCACAUGGCUGUAGGGCCGAUGGCUCCCUCCCUCUGGCAGCUAGCAGGGCGAUUGUUGGGAGGAUUGCAGUCUGAACCUCCUGGGAGACGUUGUAUGCAUUCCUUGGUGCUCUUUGAGUGCGGCUGAGGUACUGCCGUUGUGGGCAGAUGCCUGUGUGCAUGUGUGUGCGUGCCUGUCCGAUGUAUAUUGUGUUUAGCUUCAAUUUUAAAAACUGUUCUGUACAGAGAUGCAGUGGAUGGGAAAGCAGAGUGGGCAGAGGGAGGCAACCCUGCUCCCAGCACUGGGUGUCCAGUGGGCUAGAGAGGGCUAAGAACAUCUGCCCCAGCCCAGGCCCCUCCCUUGGGCUUAGCACGAAAGGGCUUUCAAAGAAUUAAGUGAAAACUUUCUCCUUUUUUACAAAAAUGCAAAAAUCAACAAACUUGGAAAUAAACCAUGAACUUGCA